AUGAAACUUAUAUGUUCCUUAUUAUACAGCCUAGACGCUUCCCUAAUUAGACCAUUGUUCAGUACUGAUAAUGAUUGUAAUCUCGGCAUUACAGAUGAAGGAUCCCAUAAUCCCCGCAUCAGCCCUGAAGUCACUCAUAGGCUACAAGAGUUAUCCCCGGCAUACCCGAAGAUAAUUAACUUUAUCUAUCCUUCAGAAGACGAAAUCAAAGCAGACUACGAUAGAGUAUAUUUGGUAACUCCUACAUCUGCAAAUAAAACAACAGAUCCUACUAGUCCAGACUUCGAUGAUAGCUUUACUAGUCUGGAUCUAACUCAAAUUAUGAAUGCUUCCGAAAUAACUAAUCAUAAAAAUGUCGAACUUAAUUCUGAUUCGCAUUUACCUGGUUCCAAGACAGGCAGAGGAGACUCGGUGACAUUGGCGAAUGCAGCAUCUCGGAAGUUCGCUCAGACACUUGUGGACUCGUCAGAUGUUUGUGAUAGUGAUGUGAAUGUUGAGAAGAGUCCUGAAAUUCAUGACUCACGUUUCACUGGUUUCAAGACAGGCAGAGGAGACUCGGUGACAUUGGCGAAUGCAGCAUCUCGGGAGUUCGCUCAGACACUUGUGGACUCGUCAGAUGUUUGUGAUAGUGAUGUGAAUGUUGAGAAGAGUCCUGAAAUUCAUGACUCACGUUUCACUGGUUUCAAGACAGGCAGAGGAGACUCGGUGACAUUGGCGAAUGCAGCAUCUCGGAAGUUCGCUCAGACACUUGUGGACUCGUCAGAUGUUUGUGAUAGUGAUGUGAAUGUUGAGAAGAGUCCUGAAAUCCAUGACUCACGUUUCACUGGUUUCAAGACAGGCAGAGGAGACUCGGUGACAUUGGCGAAUGCAGCAUCUCGGAAGUUCGCUCAGACACUUGUGGACUCGUCAGAUGUUUGUGAUAGUGAUGUGAAUGUUGAGAAGAGUCCUGAAAUUCAUGACUCACGUUUCACUGGUUUCAAGACAGGCAGAGGAGACUCGGUGACAUUGGCGAAUGCAGCAUCUCGGGAGUUCGCUCAGACACUUGUGGACUCGUCAGAUGUUUGUGAUAGUGAUGUGAAUGUUGAGAAGAGUCCUGAAAUUCAUGACUCACGUUUCACUGGUUUCAAGACAGGCAGAGGAGACUCGGUGACAUUGGCGAAUGCAGCAUCUCGGAAGUUCGCUCAGACACUUGUGGACUCGUCAGAUGUUUGUGAUAGUGAUGUGAAUGUUGAGAAGAGUCCUGAAAUUCAUGACUCACGUUUCACUGGUUUCAAGACAGGCAGAGGAGACUCGGUGACAUUGGCGAAUGCAGCAUCUCGGAAGUUCGCUCAGACACUUGUGGACUCGUCAGAUGUUUGUGAUAGUGAUGUGAAUGUUGAGAAGAGUCCUGAAAUUCAUGACUCACGUUUCACUGGUUUCAAGACAGGCAGAGGAGACUCGGUGACAUUGGCGAAUGCAGCAUCUCGGGAGUUCGCUCAGACACUUGUGGACUCGUCAGAUGUUUGUGAUAGUGAUGUGAAUGUUGAGAAGAGUCCUGAAAUUCAUGACUCACGUUUCACUGGUUUCAAGACAGGCAGAGGAGACUCGGUGACAUUGGCGAAUGCAGCAUCUCGGAAGUUCGCUCAGACACUUGUGGACUCGUCAGAUGUUUGUGAUAGUGAUGUGAAUGUUGAGAAGAGUCCUGAAAUUCAUGACUCACGUUUCACUGGUUUCAAGACAGGCAGAGGAGACUCGGUGACAUUGGCGAAUGCAGCAUCUCGGAAGUUCGCUCAGACACUUGUGGACUCGUCAGAUGUUUGUGAUAGUGAUGUGAAUGUUGAGAAGAGUCCUGAAAUUCAUGACUCACGUUUCACUGGUUUCAAGACAGGCAGAGGAGACUCGGUGACAUUGGCGAAUGCAGCAUCUCGGAAGUUCGCUGAGACAUUUGUGGACGCUUCAGUUCUUCACGACAACCUCGUGAAAGUAGAAGAGCACUGUGAAGUGAAUAAUCCCAAUCUUGAAGUCUUGAAAGACAAUUUAUUACUAUCUAUUUACAGUGGUGAGAGACAAGUUUCCGAAUUUCACGAUAUUUGCUUAGAGUCGUCGCGGAACUCUAUUGACACAUUUAGAGGAUGUUUUGAUACUCAGUUUGACUUGUCAUUCGAAAAUUUCGAUGGUAGUAUACAUGAGAAAGAAAUUAACACAUCGUUAGAAAGAGAACGUGAACAAGCACGAAUUGAUCAGCAAAGCUUGAUUACACAGAAUCAAUCAAUUUCUUCAUCGAAUCAACAUGUACUGCCUACAUCUAUUGGUACUUCAUUAAACAACACUAAAUCAUAUGGACUAUUAUGGAAUAUACGUAGAAGAUAUCAUGGAAGUGAAAUGUCAGAUUCUACAAAUGUCUACAAAUGUCUUUUAAAAUGGGAAUUACUACUUGUUGACAAUAAUAAUAAUCAAAAGUUAUCUACUUCUUCUUCUUCUACAUCACUUCAUCUACCGAAAUAUUUAAAGUUUUUAAAUAAUACUCAUAAUAAAUGGUCUUUACAGACUGCAGAUAAACUUUAUUGGUUAUUAGAUGCAAAGUAUACUAUGGAUACAAAAGAUGAAAGCCAACUUCCUAUAUCUUAUAAAUUCUAUGAUUUUAAUUUAAUUCCUGACAAGUUUGGUUGUGUUGGAAAACAAGAAAUUAUCAAUGCAUUUUUAAGUUGUUGCAGAAUUUGUUCAAAUCUAAUUAGUCAUGGUUGGAUUGAAAAUCAUUAUUUACAAAUAAUGUGGAAACUGGGUACAAUUGCUUUAAUUUAUAAUAAUGAUUUAUACACAAUGUCACUAAGUGAUUAUUGUUCACCAAUUCAUGUUUUAAAUGAAUUACACUAUCGUUAUGAUCGUGAAAUUGAAAAUUGUCAAAGACCAGCUCUCCGAAAAGUCAUUGAACAAGACGAUACAGCGGCACGACGCUUAAUCUUAUGCGUCAGUCAUAUAGAUAUGUCCAACCAAUGUGUAAAGGCUCGUUUGACAGAUGGUUGGUAUCAAGUUGCCUGGCAUCCAGAUUCCAUGCUCACAACACUGAUUACUUCUGGUAAAAUUCGUGUUGGCUCCAAGUUGGUAACUGCUGGCGCGGAAUUAAUUAUAACAAAUCCAUCAUCUACUGAUAAUCGAUCUAAGAAAAAAUGUCCUUCAGGUGAUACACAAGUUGAUGAAUUUAGGCAUUUAUAUGGAGAUGAUGGUGUAGCUGUUGGAAUGGCAUUAAAAUUGCAUGGGAAUUCUACACGACCUGUUUCUUGGUGUUCACGCUUAGGAUUUACCACAAAACAACCAAGUUCAGGUGCUGGCUUAUAUCCUGUUCCUUUGUGUACUCUCAGUUCAGAUGGAGGUAUUUGUAGUUCAAUUCGAGUAGUAAUCCAACGUCGAUAUUCCUUACAAUAUAUGGAAACAUUAGAGGUCCCAGAACAAAAUUCAGAUGCAUCAACUGUUUUGACACGUGCAAAUUCUGGUCCAGAUGAACCAUCUUCAAAGCUUCGUUUAAAUCGCCGUCGAAUUUUUCGUAGUGAACGGGCUGAAGAGGCAGAAGUUAGGCUAUAUGAAGCACGCAGACUCAAAGUUAUUGACGGAGCCUUAGAUAAACUUGUGCUUAACGAUUCAAAUAAACGUCGAAUUCAACCUACAUUGGAACAAUUAACAGCUUUAGGUAAUGAUGGUGAAGCAUUGUUACAUGCAAUUUUAAAUGCUCCAGAUUCAAUGGAAGCUGAAUCUAAUUUAACUCAAGCACAACGUGAUGCUAUACAACGUUAUAAAGAAUCUAUUAUUCAUGAUGUAGUUGCUGAAAGCGUCCCACCUAGACAGGUUACUCCUCUGUUGCGUUUAAGAGUUUCAGGAAUUCAUCCCAGAGAUAUUGCUAGCAAUUAUGGUGCUUCGAUUACUUUAUGGAAUCCAACUGAUGAAAUGUUAUCAUUUUUGAAAGAAGGUGAAAUUGUUGAAUUUUAUCGUUUACAAAAUUUUACUCCAAUUAAACGAUUUGUAUCAACUGCUGCUAUUGACUGUGAACAAUCGUCAGAUAACAACAAUACACCAAAAACUACUACUAAUUCUUACAUUCGAACUCUUCCUAAUCGUAGUGCAUCACGUACUGGUCUAUCACGAAAAACUCGUUCUCGUUCUAAUCUAUCUGGAUUAAAAAAAACAGCAUCCUCUACAAAUGUUCAACCGGACAAAUCUAUUUCUAACGAAAUUAAACAAUCCGAAAUUGUUGAGAUGAUAAAAUCACCAACUUCUAAUAUUAUGCUACCAUUAUUAAUUACUGAAGAAUUAUGUAUUACACCUGAACCAAAAGCUAAACGUCUACGUAGUUCACAACAUAGUAAUAAACAAGAUAAUUCAUUGGAGCUUUCGAAUAAUAAAGAAAUUUUUGAAUUUAUUCAAUCACCUAAAGAUAUUUUAAAUAGUUCAAUGGAAGAAAAAGAAAAUCUGGUGUCUGAUGUAUUUAAAAUAAAAACUCCUCCUUAUGAUUCAGAAACAUUGUCAAAUUCACAAUUUGCCAAUGAUUCAUUUGAUAACUCUGAUAUGAGUAUAGCAGAUUUAGUGAAAACACGUCAACGUCGUCAAUCACGUUCAUCUCAAUCGAUUAAUACCAGUAUCACAUCACCACCAACACAACAUUCUACACCAAUUAUAUCGAAGCGUCGAUUAUCAUUGAAAAGAACUUUGAAAUAAUGCGUUUUUUUGGGGGGCCAAUUUCAGUUUUAUCCGUUAUUAUUAUUAUUAUUAUUAUUAUUAUUGCUGUUAUCGUUACUUUUCUCUUUGCAUUUAUUUGAGUAUUCAAUGUUUCAAUAAGAAAUAUUGCCAACGUUUUUCUUUGUUAUUA